CACUUUGAUAUAUCGCACUAUUUACACACAAGGAAGGUAUUUAUUUACCUUGAACAAUGUCUUACUAUGGCAGGUGAACGAAGUACGGAUGAAUCGUGGUACUUCACAGAAGAGGAGCUCAAAUACCAAACCGCUUCUCGAGCAGACAAUAUAUCCUUUGAAGAAGAAGAGAAGCUCAGGCGUGUAGGGGCGGGAUUCAUACAAGAUGUCGGGGAAUCGAUCCGCGUUCCCCAGUUGACUAUAGCCACGGCGUCCAUAUUCUUUCAGCGAUUUUAUGUUUACCAGUCCUUCAAGGAAUAUGAUGUUAACAUCAUGGCGACCUGUUGUUUGUUCCUGGCUGGUAAGGUAGAGGAGACACCUAAGAAAGCAAGGGAUGUCAUUAUCCACAGCGCUAGGAUAGAGGGCAAACCUAAGAUGUCUGAAGACAGCACGGAGUUCAAGAACCUGAAGGACCAAGUGCUUAAAUGUGAGCGAUUAUUGCUGCAAACCAUAAGUUUCGACCUGGCUGUCGAGCACGCGUACAAAUACUUGCUGCAGUAUGUGAAGGACAUCAAGGGCGAUCGCUCACUGGCACAAACCGCGUGGAACUUCGUCAACGACAGUUUACGAACUACGCUAGGUCUACGUUACAAACCCCAGGUGAUCGCUUGCGCUGGUAUCUUACUCUCGUCUAAGUACAACAAAAGUGCUUUAAGCGAAACAUCCGAUGGCAAGAAAUGGUGGUCAGCAUUUGUCGAUGUCAGUGAAGAUACGCUGAAGUACAUCGGCGACGAAAUUAUCAAGCUCUACCCUCCAGACCAGCUAGCUGUAUUCAACGCUAUGGCUGCUUCGGACGGUGAAGAUAGGGGUCGCUGAAAGCCUUGGCGAAAUUUAUGCAUACCAAAUAGUCGGAAAUUUAAAAUAGCAGUCGAAGUAUUCGACUUACUGAGGUAUUAAGCAUUCUAUCAAGAUGUACAUCCGGAGGAUUUGAGCAGACAAUGUUCUCUGGCGCUGGUAUUAAGGGUCUUGAUGUGACAGUACUUUAUACUGGGAAUCUCUCAUUGUCGCAACGAUGGGUGGAGAACAUCCGCUUCCAAAGAUGCGGAAGAAAGUAUAUGACUAUUCGUGAUCGAUAUUCAUGACUGUCCUUCGGGAAUUGGCUGCAAGAUGGCUCAGGGAAUGCUCGUGUGUGCUGACACCAAAAUCGUUAGCAUCCUGAUUGCGAGCUUUGGCGAUGCGGUCUAUAUAAACAAAUUGCUGUACGGGUUUAUUCGUCUGCGAAGCUUUUAGUUCGCGAUUGGUGAGCAUCAAUCAAGUAUGUGAUCCGAUCUCAGCACCUUUGCUGCCACGAGUGCUCUGGAUAGGUAGUAGUAUAGUGGGGUAGGGGUUAUUGCUUGUCGUACGUGUACAUGGAAGCGCAAAGUCACGCUUCAAUGAUCACAGCUUACAGGUACUGCGGCAGCGUUCUCCGUAGGCGGCCAUAAAUCCUCUUUUACCUGCACGUAGAUACAAGAUUGAUGCACGCUAUCUCUAAGAAGGCUUAUGUAUUUGACAGAAUACUCUUCUACAGAGCGCACUCACAUGGACACAGAGAUUGAACUGUUGUCUUGUAGACAUUUUCUGAAGACGAAGAAGCCUGCACGCAUCGAUUCAACAUCAUUGUGUAUGCAAUCACUUCUAUGGAAUAAAGUCGGAAAUCAAUAUC